AAGGACCAGUUUCUCUGCGUCGGCUCUGGCGGUGUCUUUUCAUCCCCCUCAAGGGUUCUUGCCCGCUCGGAUCUUUGGGUGACUGUAAACCAAACAGCGCUGGCUGGCACUUGGGCUGCCGGCUUUUCCGCCGCAUUUGUUUCCGAAACGAUCCAAGGGAGAGCUGGACUUUUGCAUUUUUCCAUGCACUUUCCGUUUUCUUGUGGAACCGUUUCCAGGGGACAGAAGAGGCAUCCCCUCGAGAAUCCGCCGACGACGUUCUCGCGGAAUCUCAAGCACACAGUCUUCGUCAAGUGUCUCGUCUCCCUCGGUUUUCUUGUUUACGUUUUCUGUUUCGGUCGUCGCCUUCCGUCGUUUUCUUCCUCGCCAACUCCUCUUCUUCUCCGCUACAUCAUUUCCACUUUCUUUUCGCUCCCCUCCUCCUUUCUGAUUUGUCUUUGGAAUGUCUUUUCUUCUGUCUGAAGUACUGUUAGAUCUCUCUGUGCGUCUGUGGCUUCCCUCGUCUUCCGGCCUCUCUGCCCGCUCUCUGUGCCAGGCGAUUCGUCGGUUUCCCCCGUUUUUCCGUCUUUCUUGCCGGCACUCUCUGCGGCCUUCUUGGCCUUCUCUCUCUUCUUCUUCCCCGGGCAGUCGAAAGACCUCAGCCGACCGUCGCUUCGCGCUUACCUGCACAGAAAAACCACCCACUCUCGGCUCCUCGGCAGUUGCCCGUCUUCGCCGGCUCGUCUUCGCCAGUCCGCGGCCUGAGCACUGCCGGUCGGUCUUCGUUCCUUUCACCUGAGAAAUGCGACAGACAGCGCGAGGCGAGAGACGCCGGCGCCUGCCCGGCGAAGGCGGCGUCCACGCACCCGAGUCCGCCAGCGCGUCGCAUGCGUCCUCGCGCGUCUGCCCUGGCAUGCCGACAGGUCGCGACAGAGCCUGCGCCUCCGCAGGCGCGCCAGACGGCCGAGACAGGGGAUCAGGACCUGCGAGAGGAGACGAGAAGCAGAAGAAGCAGACGAAGCAGAGGGACGGUCCUCAGCGAGAAACGCGGCACCAACCAGGGAAGGCGGCGAAUGGCGACGACGAGGCGGAGAGCUCACAUCCAGCAGAAGAUGCUGACGCCAGAGCGACAGGGGAACCUGAUGCGAUGAGUGAGGACUUGCCUGGGGACUCAGACAGGCCGAGAGAAGAAGAUGGAAGGCAGCAAGAGGAGACAUCUUUUGAGAGGCGAGAAGCAGCCAAGGAAGGCGAGGACGACGGAGCUUCAGAUGUCACGCAGAAGAUGCGCGAACUGCUGCUCCUCAUGACGACGCGAGGUCCUGCGCACAGUGGAGGGGGGAAAGUGAGGGUCUUCAGAGAGAUCCUCGACUUUUGCAAGUGUCUCUCCGUCAAGGAACCGCCCCACCCUGAGGGCCAGGCCUUCCUCAACCGCGCCUUCGGCUUCCUCACCAUCUCCAAACACUGGGACGCGAGCGACGAGGAAAAGCGCGAAAUCUGCAGCGCUGUGGAAGAACAUUUGUUUCUUUUUUCUAAGAGGCAGCGGGAACAACUGCAGCAGACAGUCUCCCUUUUUCGCCGUCCUCUCUCGCCAGCGCAUGCGCCUCCUCCCGGGUCUGCUGCGUCCGAACCGGCCAUUGAGGCAGGCGCCCUGGGCGACUCUCAGCAGGCAGGCAGGCGAGAGUCCAAUGGAGAUGAAAUCAACUACGCCUCGUCGUCCGCUGGCGCACCUUCCGCCUCUGUCUCGAGGUCUCCGUUUUCUUCAGUCUUUUGCUCCUUGUGUCUUCCGACAACCUCCGUUUGCUCGUCUCUCGAAUCCUCUUGCGGGCCUUCCAUGCGUCCCUUCCCGACCCCUCUGCAGUGUGGAACUACCCAGCUCUCGGAUCCAUCGUCUUCGUUCUCUUCCUCGCCUUUCUUUCCUGCUUCCUCUUCACUUCCUUCGUCUUCUGCAUGCGUUUCCAAGGGCGACGCCGCUAAUCCGCUGCAGCAGACUGUCAAUGUGAAUCUGUUUUACUCCCUUGCCGAUCUUCCGGAGCAGAGCGCCUUGCGUCGUCUGCUUUGCGAGCGAGAUCAGGAGACGGCGACGAAGCUGCUUGAGCGACUGCCCAAGCCUGCGAUUCAUUUCAACUGCUUCUUUGUCUAUCCCGAGGAAGGCGGCGUUUCUGGGCAGCCAUAUGGCGACGCGACAUGUGCGGCAAGUGUCACCAGUUCUUCGGCGCAUGCAGAGGAACCCCAGAGGUCUCGAAAGCGGUCAUGCUUCUCUGCUGCCUCUUCUCCUUCGACUGCUUCUUCGACUUCUUUCUCUGCUUCGUCCUUGUCUACCGCCGCUGCAGUUGCGUCCUCUUCUUUCUCUGUCUCGUCUUCUGCGUCUGCCUUCUCUUCGUCUACAUGCGCUUCGUCUCCCUCUGUUUACUCUCAGCCUUUCUCUCCUUCGUCUUCUUCGCCUUACUCUGCUUCUGCCUCUGCUUCCUCGUCUGUUUCAACGGCAUCUCAGGGUGCUGUUGCGGACAGGUCUGGGGUCCUCGCAGAGACGGAGGACCCUGGCGGAGACACUGCGGGCACAGGCGUCUCUCGGCAGAUGUUUGUCGCUUCAUAUUCUCGUCGAGAGGAAGCGCGGGAGUCGCUUGAAAGCAGCGGUCACGGUCGAUCUCAGGUGUAUGGACAGCGCCGCGGGCUCUCUAGAGGGAGCCGGAAGCGCAGUCUGUCUUCUUCGAUUUCUUCGCCUAGUAUGGCCGACCGUCCCUGCUCUCAGCUUCGGCGACGGGGACAGAAGGCCUCUUGGGGAGGCACGAGAUCUUCGCCAUCUGCUGUCUCGUUGUGCCACUGGAGAGGCUCUCGACAUCUGCAAAAGGCAGCACUGCCUUGCCGUUCUCUCUCUCUCCAUCCACGCAGAGAUACGCCUCCGGUUUUUCCCGGUGUCAACCAGGCGAAUGUGCGGGCGUCCGUUUCUCCGUCGUCUUCUGUUUCUUCUGCUUUUCGUGUCUCUUCUUCUCCCCAUGUCUCUGCCUGUGCGUCACCCGAUUUUCCUGUUUCCUCCUCUUCUUCUCUCACGGUCGCUUGCGCUUCCUUGUUUCCUCCUUCUUCGUGCUCGGACUGUCCAUCUGAUCCGACGCGGAUGGCUCAACCUGUUGUGGGCGAGGAGCGACCAGCUGCAGGCACCUCGAACUUUCGAGGAUCUGAGAUGUCGGUACACGGUGCUGCCGGCUGCUUGCAGUGGCCGGAUCUCGGUGCAUAUACUUCGUACGCUGCUCCUCCUCAGACGCUUGUCACUCCCUCCAGCUGGCUUCACUCCUCUUUCUCUGCAAAUGCAUCGCAUGCCGACUCUUCUCGGCCAGGCCGCGCAGCGGGGGAGAGGCGAACAGACCCAAACCUUGUUGAUCCCUACAUGAGCAGCGGGGAAGCGGAAGAUGGAAGACGAGACCGCCAGCCACGCUCUGUCGACUGGAACUCUGUUUUGUGUUUCCCCCCCGCUGGCUCCGCUGGAGACGCGUACUCGCCGCUUAGCCAAGAAAACAGUGCCGGACGCGCCUUGAGCGUCGGAGAUCAGGGAACCAUGAGGGAAGCCUCGAGAGAAGAAAGGGGCAGUGUUGCCCCCAGAUGGUGAAGAGGGAACUCGACUGCAGUAGAGAAAAGUUGAUCUCACAGAGCCAGAAGCGAACGUUCGAGGCAAUGCCGAAUUUGACUCCUCGUUUGCAGAUUCAAGAUUCGUACCGCAACAUGUCUGAAAUUCUGUAGAUGGGAAACGAGAAGGAUGGCAAGCGAAACAAUGCAGGCAUGUACAAGGACGCUUGCACACACCGAUCCCUAUAUAUAUAUAUAUAUAUAAGUAUGUACAUAUAUAUAUAUAUAUAUAUAUAUAUUUAUAUAUGUAUGUAUUUGUUAGGGUACGAUGCGUUUUGUUUUCCUGUGUAUGUCUGGAUGUGUGCCAUGGAUGCAUUUUUCUGGUCGGGCGUUGUCGGGUGUGCGGCCUUGAUUUUUUUGUGGAAGAAGGAGGCUGUUGCGGAGACGCCACAUGGGUGGGGUUUUACACUCGAUGGCGUUGAUGCAAGUUGCUGUGUUUCUGUUUUUCGCUUCUUGGUUUGCUACUACUCGGACUGUGCAACUAGACAUGGCGAAAGAGAGGCGUGCGAGCGGCACUGCAUCUGAGACGAAUUCGGUUCUUUCGCUGUGUUUCGACUGUUCCCGAGUGCUUUCACGACCGUGGCUCGGCUACCGAGGUCGCGGUCUCGGUUUCAGACUUUUGAUAAGUUCAAACCGUAUCGUCAG